AUGGGGGAUAGAACAGCCAUGAUUGAGCAGGCAUGCAAAGAGAUGGAAUCGGGCAAAAAAAUACGCAUCAUACGGACAAGCAGCUUAUGGGAAAGCAAAGCCAUGUACGUUCUAGAUCAGGACAAUUUCGUCAACGGUGCCUGCGAGAUAGAGACUUCACUUUCGCCUAUCGAGCUGCUAGAUGAACUGCAAGCUGUUGAGAAUAGAAUGGGCCGUGUCAAGGUCAUUGACAAGGGCCCCCGGAACAUUGACCUGGACAUUUUAUUAUAUGGAGAGACUGAAUUCUCCAACGAAAGACUUCAGAUUCCUCAUGCCCUAAUGUUCGAGAGGGAAUUUGUCUUGCGGCCGUUGAGCGAGCUCAUACCUAACCAAGUCAAUUUCCCAUAUCAGGAAUCCAUUCAGCAGCAUUUGGCGAAACUGCCAAAGUCCGAAGUGCCGCUGGUGCCAAUGGUACCGCUCGCAUCAGAUUUCUCUCCAAUCUCGUCCGCCGUAACUGAACAAAAAACACGCAUAAUGUCCAUUCUCAACGUCACACCAGACUCUUUCUCGGACGGUGGUUUGAACUACAACAACGACCAAGAAACAUUGGCCAAAAAAAUCAAACACCAAAUUGCAAGCGGAGCAGCCAUCAUCGACGUAGGCGGCCAAUCCACCCGACCAGGCGCAGUCCAAGUCUCCGCAGAAGAAGAACUAUCGCGAGUCCUUCCCGCCAUAACCCUUAUUCGCUCAAUCCCAGAGGCAAAGGACAUAGCCAUCAGUAUCGACACAUACCGCGCACACGUCGCCGAAGAAGCCAUCAAAGCCGGUGCCAACAUGAUCAACGACGUCAGCGCAGGCACAAUGGACGCAGAAAUGCUAGCUACAAUGAGUAAACUGGGCUGUACCGUGUGUCUAAUGCACAUGCGCGGAACACCAGAAACCAUGAACUCUCGCGAGAUGACGAGCUACCCGGACGGCAUUGUCGAAACCGUUGGUCGCGAAUUGCUGCAACGCGUUCGGGCAGCCGAAGAAGCAGGUGUCAGGCGAUGGCGCAUGAUUCUCGAUCCAGGCGUUGGCUUCGCAAAGACGCAAGAACAGAAUCUUGAAUUGUUGCGCAAGCAGCAUCAACUCAGCAAGUAUCCUGGUUUGGAGGGCAUACCUUGGCUAGUGGGAACAAGCCGAAAGGCUUUUAUUGGACGUAUCACGGGUGUCGAAAACGCUCGACAACGCGUGUGGGGCACGGCUGUAGCUGUCUCGGCAGCCAUACAAGGAGGUGCUGAGAUCCUCAGAGUACACGAUGUGAAGGAGAUGGCGCAAGUUGCUAAGAUGGCGGAUGCGUUGUGGAGAAGAGGAAAUCCUUCUUCAGACUAGUCUGGUUUGUAAGAUUGAACAUGGACGUGAAAUAGAUAAAAGUGUAAAUUUAUUUGCAACACGAGUUACACCACAUU